AUGAGUGGCCGCAGCAGCAAGAGCAUGGUCCCGGUGUCCCUGCUGGGGCUCCUGGCGCUGCUCCUGUGCGGCACCUCGGAAGCACAAAGCAACCAGGAUUGCUGCCUGUCCUACACCAAAGUGCGUCUGCCUAAGUGGGUCCUGAAGGGUUACACUGAACAGCUCCCCAGUGAGGUCUGCGACAUCCCUGCCAUCAUUUUCCACACUGCCAGUGGGCUGAAUGCCUGUGUAAAUCCUAAGGAAGGCUGGGUGAAGAAACAUCUCCUUUUCCUGAGCCACAGGCUCAGGAGGAUGUCAGCCUGACGCAGUUUCCAGCAAGGAGCUAAACACAGACGUGGCUGAAGAAGAACUAGGCAGAGGCUUCUGGCUGAGGUGGUUUGUACACUGCUGUGUGCUCACCCACUGCCAACUCUGGCUUCUUUGGAACCAUGAACUUCUUGAGUUGAUUCAUAUUGCAUCGCUGGUUUGCUUGAGUUAAGCAUUUUGUUGAAGUUUCUAUUUUUACUAAUAUGUGUAUGUUACUGAUAGGACAUGAGUGCUGUUUAGUAAGGUCUACCUUGAGCUGUUGUACAGAGUGUGAAUUGUAUUAAGUUUAUUGCAUGUUGGUUUUGUUUUCUUCAGCAUAUGUAAAGCAGGUUAUUUAUUAUGUUUAUUUUGUUAUUGUCUUGUGACAAAAUGUUUCCUUU